UGUCCUCGCCUCGUCUCGUUCUGAAAAGUAUCUGUGGAACCUACAGAGAAUUGCAAAAAAGGGUGCAGUUGAAGCUGGCAAAAUGGCAGCAACACUAAUCAAACUCUUGAUUUUAUUGAUUUCUGCGCGGACUUGCAAGGGGCAAGGUUGGACCGAAGACCCAUUCGAUAUAUUUGGAGGAUGGCUGGGAAGCAGCGGAAUCCCAAAUCCAGGGCCAGCCCCUUCACCUCUCAGAAACAAGAAUAAUUGCGUUGACGAAGACGAUUUCUGUCAUCAAUACAAGGCUGGAGGUCACUGUCAGCCUCAAAGUCUAUUUUCUCGGUUCAUGAACGAGAACUGCAAGUUGACUUGUGGGUUUUGCAGACCCACAAGAAGCAGAGAUGGAGGCACAGGUAACGGAGGCGCUGGAAAUGGUGGGAAUAGCAACGGGGGAACUGGUGGUACCGGAAAUGGAGGCGCUGGAAAUGGUGGGAAUAGCAAUUGGGGAACUGGUGGUACCGGAAACGGAGGCGCUGGAAAUGGUGGGAAUAGUAACGGGGGAACUGGUGGUACCGGAAACGGAGGUGCUGGAAAUGGUGGGAAUAGCAACAGGGGAACUGGUGGUACCGGAAAUGGAGGCACUGGAAAUGGUUGGAAUAGCAACAGGGAAACUGGUGGUACCGGAAAUGGAGGCGCUGGAAAUGGUGGGAAUAGCAACAGGGGAACUGGUGGUACCGGAAAUGGAGGCGCUGGAAAUGGUGGGAAUAGCAACAGGGGAACUGGUGGUACCGGAAAUGGAGGCGCUGGAAAUGGUGGGAAUAGCAACGGGGGAACUGGAGGUACCGGAAACGGAGGCGCUGGAAAUGGUGGGAAUAGCAACAGGGGAACUGGUGGUACCGGGAAUGGAGGCGCUGGAAAUGGUGGGAAUAGCAAUGGGGGAACUGGUGGCACCGGAAAUGGAGGCGCUGGAAAUGGUGGGAAUAGCAACGGGGGAACUGGUGGUACCGGAAACGGAGGCACUGGAAAUGGUGGUAAUAGCAACUGGGACUGGGGAACUGGGGGUACCGGAAACGGAGGCGCUGGAAAUGGUGGGAAUAGCAACGGGGGAACUGGAGGUACCGGAAAUGGAGGCGCUGGAAAUGGUGGGAAUAGCAACAGGGGAACUGGAGGUACCGGAAACGGAGGCGCUGGAAAUGGUGGGAAUAGCAACAGGGGAACUGGAGGUACCGGAAAUGGAGGCGCUGGAAAUGGUGGGAAUAGCAACAGGGGAACUGGAGGUACCGGAAACGGAGGCGCUGGAAAUGGUGGGAAUAGCAACAGGGGAACUGGUGGUACCGGGAAUGGAGGCGCUGGAAAUGGUGGGAAUAGCAAUGGGGGAACUGGUGGCACCGGAAAUGGAGGCGCUGGAAAUGGUGGGAAUAGCAACGGGGGAACUGGUGGUACCGGAAACGGAGGCACUGGAAAUGGUGGUAAUAGCAACUGGGACUGGGGAACUGGGGGUACCGGAAACGGAGGCGCUGGAAAUGGUGGGAAUAGCAACGGGGGAACUGGUGGUACCGGAAAUGGAGGCGCUGGAAACGGUGGGAAUAGUAACGGGGGAACUGGUGGUACCGGAAACGGAGGCGCUGGAAAUGGUGGGAAUAGCAAUUGGGGAACUGGUGGUACCGGAAACGGAGGCGCUGGAAAUGGUGGGAAUAGCAACGGGGGAACUGGUGGUACCGGAAAUGGAGGCGCUGGAAAUGGUGGGAAUAGCAACGGGGGAACUGGAGGUACCGGAAAUGGAGGCGCUGGAAAUGGUGGGAAUAGCAACAGGGGAACUGGAGGUACCGGAAACGGAGGCGCUGGAAAUGGUGGGAAUAGCAACUGGGACUGGGGAACUGGGGGUACCGGAAAUGGAGGCGCUGGAAAUGGUGGGAAUAGCAACAGGGGAACUGGGGGUACCGGAAAUGGAGGCGCUGGAAAUGGUGGGAAUAGCAACGGGGGAACUGGUGGAACCGGAAAUGGAGGCGCUGGAAAUGGAGGAGCUGGAAAUGGAGGGUCUGGGUUCUGGGUUAGUGGUGGAUUUGACCGACAAUGCAUAGACGAAGAUGAGUAUUGCGACCAAUAUGCUGACCGAGGUCUUUGUCACCCAUGGAAUCAAUACUAUGAAUUUAUGCAAAGUAGUUGCAGGCUGUCAUGUGCAUUUUGCUAAAGCAGAAUUCGGAUCAAUGAAUCAACUACUACUUGAAUGAAGUUGAUUGGCAUGUUAGCAAAACUAGCUUAUUUAAACUUUUGAAGAUGCAGAUAAACUUUAAACAUAUCAGCACUUAAUAAGAAAUCUGAUGACGUUAUAAUUACACCGGCUUGAUGUAUUUGAAUAUUGAUGUAUGAAAAAUGA